GUCAAGGAUCCGGCUACUUUCCAUUCUGUGAGAGCUUCAGGACGGAUUGGCAACAGCUCGAAGAAGUCCCGGGCACACCAGGAGCUCAUCGGCAAGGAUUAAUCCACAGAGUGUCUUAAAACAAGUCCGCGAUCAACACAGAAAGGAGCGAUUUACUAAAAGCGAAGAAGUUUGGGAUUUAAAGGCUGCGAAGGCAAACUGCACAGGCAACCGUAAUCCGUGACAUGUGGAGCCCCAGUCUGGAGGCUGAGCUCUCCUGAUUGCUUCCAAAGUUGGGGUUUUCGGUCUGGUGGAAAAAUAUAAUAAUUGAAGAAAGAUGGCAGCUGCUGUAUUCCACUUGUUGGCUGGGCUGGCUAUUUAUUGCAGUUUUGUUAAAGGAUCCACACAGCCACAGGCGCGUGUUUUCUUAAAAUUCAAUGAACUCCAGGAAACGCGUACCUCUGAAUACUACAGUAUAUCACAAAGUUCCCUAGACUACAGGAUCUUGUUAAUGGAUGAGGACCAGGACAGAAUCUAUGUGGGCAGCAAAGACCAUAUUCUGUCACUCAAUAUCAACAACAUAAGUCACGAUCCUUUAAGUGUUUUCUGGCCGGCUUCUGCUAACAAAGUUGAAGAGUGCAAGAUGGCUGGCAAAGAUCCCACACAUGGCUGUGGAAACUUUGUACGCGUAAUUCAGAGUUAUAACCGAACUCACUUGUAUAUUUGUGGAAGUGGAGCCUUCAGUCCCAUAUGCACCUAUGUCAACAGGGGCCGCAGGUCUGAGGAUCGUGUUUUUGUAAUUGACUACAAGAAUGAGUCUGGGAAAGGACGCUGUUCGUUCAACCCCAAAGUAAACACAGUAUCUGUCAUGAUUAAUGAAGAACUCUUCUCUGGCAUGUAUAUUGAUUUUAUGGGUACCGAUUCAGCCAUAUUUCGUAGCCUCACAAAACGCAAUGCUGUGAGAACAGACCAACAUAACUCAAAAUGGCUGAGUGAGCCAAUCUUUGUGGAUGCACAGCUUCUUCCAGAUGGAACAGAUCCAAAUGAUGCCAAGGUUUAUUUCUUCUUGAAAGAGAGAUUGACAGACAACAGCGGGAGUACGAAGCAAAUUCAUUCAAUGAUAGCAAGAGUUUGUCCUAAUGACAUUGGUGGACAGAGGAGUCUUGUUAACAAAUGGACAACAUUUUUAAAGGCCAGGCUGGUGUGCUCUGUGAUGGAUGAUGAUGGGACUGAAACCUACUUUGAUGAAUUAGAGGAUGUUUUUCUUAUGGAAACGGACAACCCUAGGACUACACUGGUAUAUGGAAUUUUUACAACAUCGAGCUCAGUGUUUAAAGGCUCGGCCGUGUGUGUUUACCAUAUGUCAGAUAUCCAGACUGUAUUUAAUGGACCAUUCGCGCACAGAGAAGGCCCAAACCACCAAUUAAUUCCAUAUCAGGGUAGAAUCCCUUACCCAAGGCCUGGCACGUGCCCUGGCGGUGCAUUUACCCCAACUGUGCUGACCACCAAAGAAUUCCCAGAUGAUGUGGUUACCUUCAUAAGAAAUCAUCCAUUGAUGUUCAAUUCUAUUUAUCCGAGACAUAAGAGGCCACUUCUAAUCAGAACAGGCACAGACUACAAAUACACAAAAAUAGCAGUGGACAGAGUAAAUGCAGCAGAUGGGAAGUACCACGUCUUGUUUCUUGGGACAGACAAAGGAACAAUUCAAAAGGUUGUUGUACUCCCCGGUAACAGCUCAACCAGCGGAGAACUGAUCUUAGAAGAGCUGGAAGUUUUUAAGACUCAUGCUCCUGUAACCUCAAUGAAGAUUUCUUCAAAAAAGCAACAAUUGUAUGUUGGCUCAGAAGAGGGCAUCACACAAGUGUCUUUGCAUCGCUGUCAUGUUUAUGGCUCUGCUUGUGCUGACUGUUGCCUUGCGCGGGAUCCUUACUGUGCCUGGGAUGGGAAGUUCUGUUCCCGAUUUUAUCCUUCAGGAAAGAGGAGAAGUCGAAGACAAGAUAUCAAACAUGGAAAUCCGGUUACACAGUGCAGGGGAUUUAACUUGAAAGAAUAUAGAAACACUGUAGAAACGAUUCAGUAUGGAGUCAGAAACAACACAACUUUCUUGGAGUGCAGUGCAAAAUCUCCCCAGGCAUCUGUCAAAUGGCUGCUGCAGAAAGAUAAUGACCGGAGGAAAGAGGUUAAAUUAAAUGAGAGAAUUAUUUUAACUGAUCAAGGACUCCUCAUCCGCUCUGUCCAGGACACUGACCAAGGACUUUACCACUGUAUAGCCACAGAGAAUACUUUCAAACAAACAAUAGCAAAAAUUAACUUGAAGGUUCUAGAACCAGAGAUUGUGACUUUGAUGACCGACAAGUCAAAAUGGCUAUGGGCGAGUGCAUUAGGUGGGAUGCAGUUCCAUCCCAAAGAUCUCUCAGGAGCUUUCACUCACUCCGAAACACAACUGAUAAACCAGUACUGCAAGGAGACCAGGCAAAAAGCUCGCCAGGAGGCUGAAAUACACAAACUCAAAGACUAUGGCAAGCUAAAGGUCCUUAUGAACACAAGAAAAAGCAGAAACCGAAGAAAUCAAUUGCCUGGUUCUUAGAUUACAACGUAUUGGGCUUUUCAUGGAAUUCCUUCCUUUUCUGUGCAAGCAACCUUUGGAAACACAUACACAAAAUGUUGGAACAUUUGUAUCCACAGCAUCUAACUAGCAGCUGAUGCUGAACACUCCUUUUAAAAUAGAAGUCCUGUAAAAUUCCAUGCAUGACUGUCUAGUAGCCAAAAGAUUUGCCAGUUAAUUUCUUCACGAUUCUACCAUUUUCCUUUUAUUGCAGUAGCUUUCUUCACUUGAACUUAAUAUUCUAUCUUAUUUAUUAGAUUUUUUUAUUAAUAUGUACUUGGGAGUAGUGAACGCAAUGACAAUUUCGUGUCUGUAAAUUGCUCAUUUUCUUUCAUGGGUCUGUUUACAGUUUUCUUCACUUAAAAGGUACUAUCUUAAAAAAGGAAAGUACCUGAAAUUCAAGCUUAAGCAUUGAAUGACAUAAAUAGAAGGUGGUGGAUUAUGUGCAGGUAGAAGGUCAGAUGGAAAGUUAGAAAAUGCUUAAGAAAUCACAUGGUCUUAUAAUAGAGGCGUUAGUGCAGUUGAAGACUAUCCAAACAAUGGCAGCAGUAGCAAAAGACUUUUAUGGUCGAUGUGGCCUGAAAUGUGGAUUUGUGUUUUAUUUGUAUAUAGGGAUACAGAAUGUGAAGAAAGUGUGCUGAAUCCCAUUGCCAAUGGCUAAAUGUCAUGUGAUGUCGCACAAUAUGUCAUAUAAUAACAGUGACCAUAUCCUACAAUGAUGCUCAGAAAACAAAAAUGUACCAUUCUAAAAUUUAGUAUAAUGCGUCUGUAUCUGGCCCGUGUGCUUGUUGCUGACAUUAUCAGAAUUGUAGUUUGAUGCUGGAGCACUACUCACCACAAGAACUGCCAUG